AUGAAAGGCGACGGUAUUGGAUGGGAGACUGCUCCUACUAUGCUACCCCCACCGCGUACAUCGAUCAAUCUGCCCUACGCACACUAUGCUUUGAUAUACUUGGACCACAUGGGUAGGCUCCGCGUGUCGGAGUCGCCAUCGAUCCGUGACAAUCACGCCACUAUCUUCACAUCCGAAGUGCGAGAAAACUUCCUGGAAAUCCUUGGAGCAAGAGUCGGAUAUCAGAAGCCCCUACUUCAGAGCAUCAACCCCGCUGCACUGAGCUAUGACCGCCCCGACGAUGCGUCUUGCCACCGCCAUGGUAAGAGACGUAGACUCCACGUUGAAAGUCCCGUUCCAGUUACGCAAAACCCUCGUUCCGAAUUCCCAAGUUCGCCGUCCGGCGCUGCAGUAAACCGGAUUGCACUUGAAGUCGGUGAUACCGAUCGAUUGGAACAGUACUACACGAUUUCUCUGAGACACUUCCAGCAGGUCAACUGCCGCGUUGUUGCAAAGGCAUUCAUCAAGUUCAUCGAGCCGCGCAAGCAAGUAAGGCAUCCCUAUAACGGAGGCAGGCCUAAGCCCGGAGCGCCCCCUGGCACCAAAGGCGACCCAGAGAAGACGAAGCCUGAGUGGUGGCCGGCUGGUGUAGUGCAUAGGGAGCCAGAUCAUCUGAAAAAGGAGGAGAGAGUUGACCUGUUGGUCCAUAUCGUGCGCAAGCUUGGUCGCAUUGGAGUCACAGCCGAUAAACUGCUAGAAAUCGCAUUCGACUGCAGAAGACAGCUCAAGGAACAGGAGAAAUUCACGAUUAUUGAGGAGAUUUUCAAGGUACGAAAAAUGGAGGAAAGAUACGAGCGAGGUGAAAUCGAUGCUUCAACCCUCGUAUACGUGAUGGAUCGUGAAGCACACCCUAAGGGUGACAAGGACGCCGACUCAGUCGCUGGACCCGAGGCAAAGACUGAGCCAGAGGAGCCAGCAGAAGCGGAGGAAGAGGUCGCGACCCCGACUCCUUCAGUUGAGGAAAUAGAAGCGACAUUUGUCAAGGAACCCAGCGACAUGCCAGUGCCUCAAACUAUGCCUCUGAGAGAGGGAAAAGAUCCGAUUUUCCCUUUGCCGGGGUCUUACAAUUUUGGAGAGCCAGCGAGACAGGAUCAAACAUUUUUCACUUCAUCGGGCGACUACACCGGUAACUAUUCCAGCGCAAUUAUUGAGGAUCCCGCCACUCAAGGAUUGAUCACACCUAUCGAAGAGGCUGCCUCGUUCGAAUACCUGACACAGGCUCCUUUCCCGGACGCCAGCACUGCUGAACACCACGCAGCAGCAGCAGUGCCAAUGCAGCACUCCGUCAGCCAAUAUGACCACUGGGCUCCAUCCUUCAGGGAAGAGUUGUAUAGCCCUUUGGAAUAUGGAUCUGCGGCCAGCCACGGCCUUCCAGAGCCUCGUAUGCACUAUCCGUUGGGAUUUGCUUCCCACCCUGAGGAGAUACAUGGCAUGCCCGAUUUUACUCGCGAUCAGCAUGGGUAUAUGGAGCCGAUGGGCUCGAGGGGACCCCUAUACCUCGCGCAUUGUGUCUGA